UAUUUUACAUUUUUCAACCUCAGUCUAUUUAAAAUAAUUAAAAAAACUCUGUAGAAAAGGAAAUAAAAACAAAAAAUGACCCUACGAAAAAAAAAAAAAAAGGUUAAAGAGAGGGAAAGAAAGUUGUUCCAAUUAGGGUUUGAAGCUUGACCCGCCAAAAAACCUAGUUUGCUUGUUUUACUCCUCCGGCAUUGUCUUCUUAUGAAUUGGAUCCCGAUCCGGAUCUUCCUAUCUACUUUUUCGGACUCUAACCGCUUCUCUCUCCGACUAUGACAGCGAAACAUUCGCGUUCUGCUUCGGCGGAUAGAUCGGAACCUCCUAAGGAUUCCUCGAUGACUCAGAUUGAAGGAAAAACCCUGUCCGUUAAGGAGAUUUUAUCAGUAAUUGAUUCGUUAAAGAAACAAGUUGCUGUAGAUCGAUCUCUGUCUGUAAAGACAAGGUUGGAAGAAAACAAGCAAAAACUAGUUGGUAUAACAAGCCAUCUUUAUAAAUUGUCAAAGGAACGGAGAAGCAGUUGGAUUAUUGACACCGAUAGUGCUUCUGAUCUAUUGACAAAGCGGCAAAAAGAUGCACUUGGUAUGCAAAAUGGCAUUGAUGCAAGUAAUGGGGAUAAGGAUGGUUAUAGCUAUCAAGAACCUUCUACAGCAGUUCUUAUGGGAUCUAGUAUUCCAGUUAAGAAUGCUGUUCGCCCUAUUAAGCUUACUGAAGUAAAAAAGCUGCCACCUUAUACAACAUGGAUAUUUCUAGACAGAAAUCAAAGAAUGACAGAGGAUCAAUCAGUGGUGGGUAGAAGGAGAAUAUACUAUGAUCAAAAUGGUGGUGAAGCACUUAUCUGCAGCGACAGUGAGGAGGAACUACUUGAGGAAGAUGAAGAAAAGAAAGAUUUUGUUGAAUCUGAAGACUUUAUCCUCCGAAUGGCUAUCAAGGAAGUUGGUUUGUCUGAUCCGGUGCUGGAAUCACUAGCACAGUGUUUGUCUAGAAGUCCAGCUGAUGUCAAGGCAAGAUACGAAACUCUUAUGAAGGAGGACACUGGGGCCUCUAAGAAUAGGGAUACUGAAGAACAAAAUUGGAAUUCCUUUCUCGAUAAGGAUCUUGAAGCAGCUCUUGAUUCUUUUGACAAUUUAUUUUGUAGACGGUGCCUUGUCUUUGAUUGCAGAUUACAUGGAUGUUCUCAGGACCUAAUAUUUCCUGCUGAUAAACAAACUCCAUGGAAUCGUACAGAUGAUGAGAAUGCACCAUGUGGUCUGCAUUGCUAUCGUUUGGUACUUAAGUCAGAAAGAAAUGACACAGUUAGGUCUCCAAUGAAUCCCGAAGACAAGUCAAAUUCUUCAUCUGAUGGUGUUGCGGCACAAAUAUCAUCUAGUAAGAAAUCUGCUGGUCCAUCUACCAGGAGGAAGGCAAAGUCAAGCCAAAGUGAAAGUGCUUCAUCCAAUGCCAAAAAUCUUUCAGAAAGUAGUGACUCGGAGAUAAGACCCAGGCAUGAAGACUCCUCACCUAUUCCUCAGUUAUCACCUUCUAAGAAUAAAAUUGCUGGAAAAUCUGGCAUUCUCAAGAGAAAUAGCAAGCGAGUAGCUGAACGAGUUUUAAUUUGCAUGCGCAAGAGGCAGAAGAAGAUGGAAGCUUCCGAAUCUGAUUCUCUUGUGAGUGGAGGUGUUUCACCUACAGAUAUGAGACUCAGGUCUAAUCCACGAAAAGAAAAUGAAGAUGCUACGUCUUCUUCGCAAAAGGAUGUGAAAUCCUCAAACACAGGAAGGUCUAGGAGGAAAGAUUGGCCAUUAAAAGGAGUGCAAGGAGAAAUACCCUACAGUGAGACUGUUAAUGAUCUGGCUCAGACUAGUAGCAAUGGUUGCCUGAGAAAUGAAGAGUUUGUGGACGAAAAUUUAUGUAAACAAGAACUAAGUGAUGAUAAAUCUUGGAAAGCUAUUGAAAAAGGUCUUUUUGAUAAAGGUCUGCAGAUUUUUGGUAGGAACAGCUGUUUGAUUGCCAGAAAUCUUUUAAACGGAUUGAAGACAUGUUGGGAGGUUUUCCUAUACAUGACCUGCUUUGACAAUAAGCUGGCUUGCCAUGCAGCUGAUGGUGUUUUAUCUCUUCUUGAAGGGUGUUCCAAAUUUGACCUUAAUGGAGCUAUGGGAAAUAAUGAAGUAAGACGGAGAUCAAGAUUCUUACGUAGAAGAGGUAGAGUCCGUCGUUUGAAAUAUACCUGGAAAUCAGCUGCAUAUCACUCUAUCAGGAAAAGGAUUACUGAGAGGAAAGAUCAGCCAUGCCGGCAGUAUAAUCCGUGUAGCUGUCAAACUGCUUGCGGAAAGCAAUGUUCUUGCCUUUUAAAUGGAACAUGCUGUGAAAAAUACUGCGGAUGUCCUAAGAGUUGCAAGAAUCGAUUUAGAGGUUGUCAUUGUGCUAAAAGUCAAUGCCGAAGUCGUCAGUGUCCAUGCUUUGCUGCAGACAGGGAAUGUGAUCCGGAUGUUUGUAGAAAUUGCUGGGUCAGUUGUGGUGAUGGCACCGGUAGUCUUGGGGUUCCUCCACAAAGAGGUGACAAUUAUGAAUGCAGAAAUAUGAAGCUUCUUCUGAAACAGCAACAAAGGGUCUUGCUUGGAAGAUCAGAUGUUUCUGGAUGGGGAGCUUUUUUGAAGAAUAAUGUUGGCAAGCAUGAAUACCUUGGUGAGUACACUGGAGAGCUGAUCUCCCACAGGGAAGCAGAUAAGCGUGGAAAGAUAUAUGACCGUGAAAAUUCAUCAUUUCUAUUCAAUCUGAAUGAUCAGUUUGUUCUUGAUGCAUACCGAAAAGGUGACAAAUUGAAGUUCGCCAACCAUUCUCCUGAGCCUAAUUGCUAUGCCAAGGUCAUUAUGGUUGCAGGGGAUCACCGUGUGGGUAUAUUUGCCAAAGAACGAAUCAAUGCAGGAGAGGAACUAUUCUAUGACUACCGUUACGAGCCAGACAGAGCUCCUGCCUGGGCUAGAAAACCCGAGGCAUCUGGGUCCAAAAAAGAGGAUGGUGCUCCUUCGAGCGGACGAGCUAAGAAACUUGCUUAACCUUAUUGACACAUUCAAAAUUUUUUUGCCAUUCUUUCGUAGGUACAACUUAGAAAGGUCAUUCUCAUUUGGCAUUGAUAGAUAGGAAAAACUGAAUGUUCUCAUUUUGUUGUUGGGGAUACCCUUAUUUUCAUCUCAACUGAUAACCUUGUUUGAUUUUUGACUUAAAAGACCGUUUUGUAUUCGCAUAACUUGAAAAAACCUCCACCCAACAUGUUUAAUUUCGAAUACAAAUAUGAAGAUGCAAAUCUUUUUCUAACCUCA